AUGUCUCAUUCCACCCGUUGUGCAGCUUGCAAAUCUCUAAGAAGGAGAUGCCCUCAAGAUUGCAUUUUAGCCCCUUAUUUCCCUUCAAAUGAUCCUCUAAGAUUUGCUUCUGUUCAUAAAAUCUUUGGUGCCAGCAAUAUUACUAAGAUUUUACAGCAAAUACCGGUCCAUCAACGCGCAGAAGCAGCAGAUUGCAUGUCAUUUGAAGCAACUUCAAGGAUUCAAGACCCAGUUUAUGGAUGUGUUGGGAUUAUAUCUCAAUUACAGCAACAGAUACUUAACACUCAAUGUGAACUUGCAUUGACACAAGCUCAACUUGCCUUCUACAAUGCACAACAAGAAGCCCAACAAGAGAAACCAAUGGCUCAAAACCAAGUCCAGUAUGAUGGACCAUCAUGGUUCGGUUCGAACCAGCAAGAUUCCUUUUAUUUGGACCAACCCUUAUUAGACAAUCAUCAACCACCAGGAUUUCUCUAG